AUGCGGGAGACCCUGCCUCGUCCAAGAAGACCGAGGGAAGAUGCUUCUGAGGACCAAAGGAUGAGCAAGGAACUGCUGAGGAAGGCUGACGAGGAGAGAGAGAAAAUUGUCCAGGAAUGGAAGGAUCUCUGUCGUUUCCUGGAAGAACAGAAGGAGCAGCUGAUCGGGUGGCUGGAAAGCCUCGCAGGGAACAUUAUCGAGAGACGGGGGGAGAGUCUGUCCUCGGAGACCCCUCCGCCGAGUGAAACGGGGGGAGCGCAGGAGCACAUUGGCUGCCAGCAGGCCGCCGGCAGCUCCAACAGCAGGAAGGAGUUUCCGUUUCCAACAAGGCAAGGCUACUUCCUCGAGGUGGAGCUGAGGCUUCGCCAUUUCUCCGAGAGGAGGAAGACCGUCAUGAGAGAGGCGCUGAACUGCUUCCGAGAGUCCCUGAAGACGGAGCUCGAAAGUCUGAUUGGAGCAUUUCCUCGGGAGCAACGUGAAAUGGCAACAGAUGUGGGAUCUGUGGUUCAGAAUCUGCUGAAGUUUGAGGAUGUGGCUGUGGAUUUUACAGAUGGCGAGUGGGACCUUUUGGAUGCCCCUCAAAGGACCCUCUACAAGGACGUCAUGCGAGAGAACUACGAGAACACAACCUCACUGGUUCUGGCCAUCACCAAGCCUGACGUGAUCUCUCGGCUGGAACAAAUGGACGAGCUGCCGGCAUUGGAUCUCCACAGCGCCAGGGACCACGUAGGAGCCAGCACAAACCCCGACACGUCGGCAAAAGUGGAGCAAGGGAACGAGAUCUGGGCUGAGCAUCGGCGCAGGCUGGAAGGAAAUGCUUGCAGCGAGCGAACAGGAGUUGCUGAGAGAACAAGAGAGAAUGAGGGGAGGGGUCUUCAACCAGAAAACUUUAAGCUGGCAGGGUCACACACUGCAUUGCUCCAAAGCACUGGGACCAAGUCCAAAUCCCGUGAAAAGCAGGGAGCCCCCGAGACUCAACCCAUGUCACCAGGCAGCCAUCUUGGAGAGCAGCUGCUGGAACCAGUUCUUUUUGUGGGGCUGGAGAAGAACGCAGCCAACGUAGGGACAGGGCUGCAGAGCCAAGAGCUUUGCUCCACAUGUGGGAAGGCCUUCAACAACAGGGCAAGUCUGGUUAGACACCAGAGACUCCACAGCGGGGAGAAGCCGCACACUUGCACCGACUGCGGGAAAAGCUUCAACAAGAGGUCCAACCUUGUUACUCACCAGAGAAUCCACACGGGAGAGAAGCCCUACAGGUGUGUGGAGUGUGGGAAAAGCUUCAGCCUGAGCUCUAGCCUCGUCCGACACCAGAGGAUCCACACUGGGGAGAAGCCCUACCAGUGCUCCGUGUGCGAAAGGAGCUUCAACCAGAAGCCCUCCCUGGUGGUGCACGAGAGGACCCACCGCCGCGAGAAGCCCUACAAGUGCUCGGCGUGCGAGAAGAGCUACAGACACCCAACGAACCUCAUCGCUCACGAGAAGGUCCACCGGGAGGAGAAGCCAUACUGGUGCGCGGAGUGCGGGAAAAGGUUCAGCUUCAGCUCUCAGCUGAUCACCCACCAGAGGAUCCACGCGGAGGAGAAGCCCUACAAGUGCUCCGUCUGCGAGAGGGGGUUCAGCCGGCCCUCCAGCCUCGUGGUGCACGAGAGGGUCCACACGGGAGAGAAACCCUACAAGUGCACGGCCUGCGAAAAGGGCUUCCCCUCCAACUCGAGCCUGGUGAGGCACCAGCUCACCCACGUGGAAGAGAAGCUGUGUGCGGAAUGCGGGAAAAGCUUCAGUCCAAAUUCCCGGCUCCAGAGGAUGCAGGCUGGGGAGGAAAUGUCCAAGUGCCCGGGAUGUGAGAACCGGUUCGACUCGAGUCCGAGCGGUUUCCCAGGGGUACAGCUUACCAAAUGGGGAAAACCUGUUGGCAGACGAAACAGCAGUCAGCGUGAUGGCAUUCGUAUCGUAGAUUCUGCGGAGGUGCAACUGGAGGACGAUAUUUUCAGCCAGAGCUCCCUUCCUCAGCAUUAUCACAUUCACUAUGCGGGGUGGGAAUGA